AAGAAAAGUUGAAGAAAAAAAAGAUUGAAGACUGCACUCUGUUUACUUUUCUCAAAAAUCUUAUACAUAUCUUGUUGCACGGCUAACACUUUUCCGAUGCCGAAAUCUAAGCUCUUCAUUAAGGCUCAUUCUGACCAUAGAUUAUCAGCUGUGGUUCCUUUCAAUGAGUUUUCCCCAGAAAAGAAAGAAGUUGAACUGAUUUUAGUCAAGGAACAGAAUGGUAUCCAGUAUACAAAUAACGCAGUUAUCGCCCCAGAUACUUCUCAGAAAUAUGAGGUACCAGUGAUUGAAGAGCCAGAAAGGGAGCACUGGGGCAAGAAAAUUGACUUUCUUCUAUCAGUUGUUGGUUUUUCAGUGGAUCUGGCCAAUGUCUGGAGAUUCCCUUAUCUCUGCUAUAAAAACGGAGGCGGUGCUUUUCUUAUUCCAUAUACACUGUUCCUUAUCAUUGCUGGAAUGCCAUUGUUCUAUAUGGAAUUGGCUCUUGGACAAUACAACAGAGAAGGUGCAGCCACUGUGUGGAAGAUUUGUCCCUGUUUCAAAGGUGUUGGCUACACUGUGAUAUUAAUAGCACUUUAUGUGGGCUUCUACUACAAUGUCAUCAUUGCAUGGUCAUUAUACUAUUUGGCAUCUUCCUUCACCUCUGAGCUUCCUUGGACCACAUGUGGAAAUGUGUGGAACACUGCAAAUUGCACUGACCCAAGUCUUCUCAAUGCUUCUCUUUUUGAAAAUGGAACAAAAUAUUCAAAGUACAAAUUAACUCCAGCUGCACAAUUUUAUGAACGUGGAGUGCUGCAUCUGCAUGAAAGUGCUGGAAUUCAUGACCUUGGUCUCCCACGAUGGCAGUUAACUCUGUGCCUUUUUGCUGUUCUUAUAGUCCUGUUUUUCAGCUUAUGGAAAGGAGUAAAGACAUCAGGAAAAGUUGUGUGGAUAACUGCAACGCUACCAUAUGUGGUACUUUUUGUUCUUCUCAUUCGUGGCAUAACACUGCCUGGCUCUUCUAAAGGCAUUAGUGCAUAUCUUCAUAUAGACUUCAAAAGACUCAAAGAACCUACC